UAUAUCAGGGAGCUGUUUGGGUUCUGCUGUGUCUUUUAGCAGCUUCUGCUCAAAUGGAUAAAAAAAUGGAGGUGGAUAACCUGGAAAUGCGCCUUCAGGCGCUGGAGAGCCGUAUCUAUGGCGAGAGAAGAAACAAAAGUGGAAAACCAGUCAAGUGUGCUGAGUCCCUGGCCAGGAUUCAGGCAGGUCUUACCAACACGGCCAACAAGAGAGAACGAGUAAAGAUCCUGCACAAGAAGAUCGAGGACCUGCUGAAGUACCUAGACCCCCAGUUCACAGACCACAUCACUGUACCUGAUGCCAUGAAGCUGGAGUUCAUUCUUGCUGAGGAGGACUUCCUGCUUUCCCAGGCUGCUUUGCUGGAGCAGGUCAGCAACUCGCAGCCUCUGCUGGACAGCACAUACAUCAGAGACGUACCAGAACACGCCACCAAGCUGCAGCGCCUGUCGCAGAUUCACAUCAAAGAGCAGGACCAAACUGAGGCUCAGUCACAGGAAGUGAAGAAGCUUUUUGAGGAGUACAACAAAAUGAUGUUCCUGCUGUCAAAGCAGUUCACCCAGUGGGACGAGACUCUGAGGAAGCUGGAGGAGGCCAAGGGCAUUCGGCCUGUGGAGUAGCUGCCGUCAACACGUACACUUCUGAUGAGGAUGAGGAUGGUGAUGGUGAAGAUGACUGCACUGUGGUGGGAGUUUUAAAUCAGAUCAAGUGUUCCAUAUGUAGCUUGCUCUUCCCCAACAAGUCAGAACAAAAGUGAAGGAAAAUGGAUCGUUUUACUAUUUUGUUUUAGCUGUUUUUUUUUUGACACUAGAGUUUGGUUGAAUCAGGCGAUAUGACGUUGGUACCCUGACAGCCUCAUUCCACGAUAUUGUUGGUUUUAGAAAACUCUCCAGCUGAGGCAAAUUAUCUCACUGAAAACACAGUGGAUCUGGUGGUUCAAUACAAGUUGAAAUGUCUUGUAAAAUUGAUUUUUUUUUGCAGUAGUGGAGGGAAUAAAGUCCAAAUUGAGAACAUCUAAUUUCUCUAUUAAGAGCACCCACCAGACAAACGGACCCAUCAGGCCUUCAGAUGUUUAAGAAAUGAACAAAGCGGUUUUCACUGUAUGUGACGGUGUCUGUUGUUGAAAUUACAGACUGAUGUGUCUCCCAGCUGAUGUACCAGUAACACUGUUCCACCCAUACCACCCCAGUCAUACAGUAAAUAUAAAUGGGAGGACUGGAGGGAAUGUAAACUGUAACGGCGUCCAUCUCAUGUGACUCUUCAUCGGUCGUCUGGAGGAACUCGCUCCCGUCAUGUGACGCAUGGCUUCGAGACGCUGCUUGUAUUUAUUUUCAGACAACAGAGCCGUUUAUGCUCCCACAUUUACUCAACUUGCAACACAUUCCAACGCUGCAUCUCUACUGCAAGCCAGUCACAAGACUGGUGCUCUUCACUCAUUCACACAGACACACUCACUCUGUUUCACACACACAUCCUCUUCAAGGCGUUAGACUUUCCCUCCUGAUGCCUCCUGAAAAGAUUUGCAAAAACUGAAACUAGCUUCGUCAUUCUUUCCAGCAUUGUGGUUUUACAAUGUUAUGUGUGUCUCAUGUGUUAUACAGCAUGACUGCGGUUAAUACAAUAAAUAUUAUUACUUUCUUUGACUA